AUGAAGAAAGAAAAGAAAACGCAUGCUUUAUUGUUUCUCCUCCUGCUUCACUUCACCUUGGGGCAAUCAGACUAUGCUCCGUAUUUUUAUGACAAUGGACCCAGCAGUACAAAUGGUAAUAUGGCCUUGUUCAGCAUCUCUGAGGAUACACCAGUUGGAACACAGAUAUACAUCCUAAAUGGCACAGAUCCAGAGAUGGAUCCUGUACGAUAUGGUCUGACUUUUGAAAAGGGUUCCCAGGAAUAUUUUAGGGUGGACCCCAAGACAGGAAACGUGACUCUCAAUCAGGAGCUUGACAGAGAGAAACAAGAUGAAAUCUCUGUGCUCGUGAGCAUAACAGAUGGUCGCAAUAAAGUUGUUGAGACAGUAAGAGUGUUUGUCACUGACGCCAAUGAUGAGCCUCCUGAAUUUCAAAACCUGCCCUUCGUCAUUGAUAUCCCAGAGGACACUGCUCCAGGCAGUAGCAUCUACAAGGUCCAAGCACUGGAUAAAGAUAUAGGCUCAGGAGGCAGCGUCUCAUAUUUCCUACAGACCUCACCGUUUGCAAAGUUCACCAUUGAUGGGCACAGCGGGAUCCUCAGGGUCAAACCUGGUGAGACUUUAGACUACGAGACCACACCCACGCACUUUGUGACAGUGGUUGCAAAGGAUGGAGGAGGGAAGUAUAAGGGUAAACAUCAGGUGUUGACUUCCACAGCCACCAUAACAAUCAACGUAAUUGAUGCCCAAGACAUGCCUCCAUCCUUCAUAGGAACCCCUUACUUUGGCUAUGUCUACGAAGUCUCAGUCCCUGGCUCUGAAAUAUUCACCACAUAUGCUAAAGAUGGAGAUCAAGGCAAUCCUAACCCCAUACAUUAUUCCAUUAUUAAUGGUAGCGAUGGUGUCUUUGACAUAAAUAGCAGCAGUGGAUGCAUCACCCUGACAACUUAUCCAUCCAUGCUGAAAAAUGAAUUAUAUGAAAUUAAAGUCAAGGCAUCUGAGGUAGGACCAAAUAAUCAGCUACUGGACUAUGAUGUUACCUUGGUGACUGUACGGGUGGUGGACCUCAACAACCACCCUCCGACCUUUUACGGAGAGAACGGACCACAGAGCAAAUUUGAGGUCACCAUGUAUGAGCAUCCUCCUUCAGGGGAGAUCCUGCGGGGCUUUAAGAUCACCGUCAAUGACUCUGAUCAGGGAGCAAAUGCUAAAUUCAAACUGAGACUAGUGGGGCCGAGCCGAGUGCUGCGAGUGGUUCCCCAGACGGUCCUCAAUGAAGCACAGGUGACCAUCAUUGUGGAAGACACAUCUGGCAUCGACUAUGAAAAGGGACCAACACUUUCUUUCAAGCUGUUAGCAGUGGAGAUUGACACUCCUGAGAGGUUCAGUGCAACAGCUGACAUUGUGAUCAACCUCAUGGACACAAAUGACAACAUCCCCAAAUUCACAUCGGAGUAUUACAUCGCCAGGGUCCCUGAGAACUCUCCUGGAGGCUCCAGCGUUGUGUCUGUAACAGCAAAUGAUCCAGAUUCAGGGCCUUGGGGUGAAGUCAAAUACAUGAUUUAUGGAUCAGGAUCAGAUUUGUUUGCCAUCCACCCAACAUCAGGCCUCAUCUCCACGCAGCCCUGGACCACCCUGGAUGCAGAGAUCAGGUCUAAGUACAACUUCUAUGUCAAAGCACAGGAUUCGGAGGGAAAGUACGGCCUGGCAGAAGUCUUUAUCACCGUCCUCGACAUGAACGACCAUUCUCCAGAAUUUGAUGACAAACUCCUGGAGAAGACCAUGAUUAUUGGCAUACCUGUCAGAGUAGAGGCCGUGGAUGAUGAUGCAGAAUCUCCAAACAAUGUCAUCGAGUACUCCAUCAUGAAGGCCGAUCCUGACAAUGCAUUCGACAUCAAUGCUGCCACAGGUGAGAUCAAGCUGAAGCCGUACAUCAAGUCCAUGGAGAUUGUGCAGAAUAUCACCAAGCAGAAGGACUGCAAGUGGUCCCUGGUGGUCCAGGCCAGGGACAGGGGCUCUCCGUCCUUCAGCACAACAGCCGUGGUCAAUAUCGAUAUCACAGAGGCGACUCCUCUCAAGGGGCCUAUGGCGGCCUUUUUAUUGAAAAGUAGGGACAAUCCUAUGAAAGCUCUAGGCAUGGUCACUGUUAUCAUUACUGUGUUGGUAGGAGUGACUGCAUUGAUCUCUACGGCUAUGUACAUGCGCAACACAAAGUCAAACAGGAUAAUGCCAGCACGUCGCAUCAUUAAGAGGCGACCCAGGGAUGACCAACCCUGGAACUUAAAGAUGCCCGUUUUGAAACAACUAAACAACCCUGCAGAUAAGUUCAUUAUCAGCGACCCUGAAGGCAACCGCCAGCGGAACACCAACAGCCCUCGAUCAAAACCUCCUCCACCCAGUGCGCCAAGUCUGCCUCCUCCACCUCUGUCAAACACACGGCUCAGUGAGAGGCUCCAGGCAGUCCCAACAAUCUCUGGUGCGUUAGCCUAUAAAGGCUCAAAGAAAGCUAAAUCCAGCCGCCGCAAAGAUGGAAAUGUCAGCUCUGCUUUAGUGUCAGAGCUUAAAAUGAAACUGGAGCAGAAAAUCAUUGAGAACAACAAAGGUUAUUAUUAA